AUGGAGUCUUUGGAUUUAGAGAAUAGAAAGUCUCAUCUACAAAUUACAAAGUCAAAUCAAGAUGUUUGUGGCAGAAGCUCUUCCUCAGCAUCAGCAUCAGCAUCAGCAUCAGAAUCCAUUUUGGUCCCAGCUUCACCACCACAUUCAUUAUCACCAUCUUCAUCGACCGCAAGCCCAGAGCAAUCAAUUGAUAAAGUAAAGGAACUAGAUGAAUUCAUGGUGGUAUUUGAUGGUACUGAUGAUAAAGAAGAUGCAGCUCGUUUAUCCAGAGCUCACAAAUGGGCCAUAGUCAGCAUCAUUUCGUUUGGGUCAUUGUGCGUCACUUGCAUCUCUUCGCUGUGGUCGCUAGCUUCAUCGCACAUUAUGGAGCACUUUCAUGUUAGCCACGAAGUAAGUGUUUUAGGGAUUUCAUUCUUUAUCUUGGGCUUAGGGACUGGGGGUAUUUUCUUAUCACCGAUAAGCGAGUUCCAUGGCCGUAAAAUGGUAUACAUUUUAGGCUUGUCAGUGAUGAUUGCAUUUGAAUUCCUCACAGCCUUUGUCAACAAUAUAGGAGGCAUGAUUUUUGGAAGAUUCAUGAGUGGGUUUUUUGGUCUGAGCUUUAUGAGUGUGGCGUCUGGUUCAUUUUCUGACCUAUUCAAAGCAAGAAAAUCUGAGGGAAAAGACGCAAACAAGGAGCUUGCAUUGGCUUUAGUCAUGUAUUCUGUUUCUCCCUUUGUUGGCCCCGGUGUUGGCCCUUUGCUCAGUGGUUUUAUUAAUAGCCAUCUCAAUUUCCGAUGGACUUUUUACGUCUUGAUAAUUUGGUCGGGCUUGCUAUUGGCACUUGUAAUCAUAUUUGUUCCAGAAACUUAUGAGCCCGUUAACUUGAAACGCAAGGCCAGGAGAUUGAGGAAAGAGACUGGAGACCAACGAUAUUACGCAGAGAUUGAGAAGAAAACAGUUACUUUAUACGAAAGUAUACUCAUGAGCUCAAAGAGACCAAUUUUGCUCUUGUUUGGCGACAAUAUGACUAUGGUGCUUUGUUUCUACUCUGGCUUCACGCUUGCGAUAGUUUACUUGUUCUUUGUUGCUUUUCCAUACAUUUUCUCCACAGUAUAUCAUUUCGAUUUGGGCAAGCAAGGUCUUUCUUUUUUGGGAUUGAUUAUUGGUAUGCUUUUGACGUGUUUGAUUUCACCAUACUUUAUCGAUAAACUUUAUUUGAAAUUGCUAACCAAAAACAACGGUGUGGCCAAGCCAGAGUUUAGAUUUAUACCUUUAAUGGGAGGUGUAUGUGUUGUUCCUAUUGGUCUCUUCAUAAUAGCGUGGACAUCUUACCCUCACGUACAUUGGAUUGCACCUAUGAUAGGCUCUGCAGUGUAUGGUGCUGGUACAAUUUUGGUAUUUAAUGGAAUUUUUGCUUAUACAGUUGAAACAUAUCGAUUAUAUGCUGCCUCGAGUAUGGCGACUAAUUCUUUUGUGAGGUCUGUUAUGAGUGCAGUAUUCCCUCUUUUUGGACUUCAAAUGUAUGAAGGUAUGGGAAUCCAGUGGGCUACUACAUUACUCGCAUUGGUUGCGUGCUUGUUGAUUCCCAUCCCGUUUCUUUUCUACAAAUAUGGCGAAACGCUAAGAGCUCGAAGUCCUUACGCAUGGAGUGUAGAUGUAUAG